AUAUUUUGAACGAGUCCAAAUAGUAUAGCAUGAAAAAAUGGCGGUUCGUGAAAUUUACUCGCACCCAGUUUAUCAGCGCUACAAAACUAGUUUGUGCACGAGUGCAACAUUCUUUGUUAUUGCGGCAUUCCUUUUUACGUUAUUUGCACCAUUUAUUUUAGUGUUCUGGAGUGAAGGUUUAUGGCUAAAGAAUGCUUUUUACCGGGAGCAGCCCACAGUUCAGUUCAAACACCAGAUGCUUCUCCUUGUGGACACCCAAGAUGAGGCGUCUUACUUGGCCUGGAGCACCUACCAAAACUUCAACCAGUUGCAGCAACAGCAUCUGAGGAUUCCCCUUGUGAAGACGAGAAAGGAGGACAACAACCGUGAUGGCAGGUACGACAUGCUGCAUUUCUCGGUAUCGGUACCUGUCCUGGCAACUGAAAAUGUCCUGGGAGUCAAACUCAUUCUGCUCUUUGACUACAGAUUAUAUAGGUUUUCGUCUUUGAGGAUGGAGGCAAUGGCUUACAUGGAGCAUACCUCACCACUGAGUGGGUCAGAGUUCAUCGCAGAUGGCGAACUAAGGUUACGACUCAAGAUGCCUCUUUCCCACAAAGCAGUGGACACCAGAUACGAUACUCCGGUUAUCAAUGGCGACAGUGUCUUCGUAUCUGACUACCAACUCUCCAAAAUAUUCAGUGAUUACAUUUCAAGAAACGUGAGUACGUAUUUUGAAUGUCGCUACCCAGUCUGGCAGAGAGGGCCGAGUUCAAGUGAAACAUUCCUGAUCAGAGGAACUGUGCGCUAUCCGGAAGAACUCCUUGUGUAUAUCCCUGGGUUUUUCCAGGUGCUGAUAUGGGCUUGGGUGCAGUAUCUAGCCGUUCUUCUUAUCUUCAUAUACCUCAUAGCAAGAGUCAAAACUUUCAUCUUUCAGAAUCAGCUCAUCAGGACGAUAGUGGAGAGGCCAUUUGUCCCAAAGGACCACAGACUGUGAAAAAGCGGCCAAUUUGGAAAUGUUUACUGUUUGAAUCAGUGAAAAUGAUCAAAACUUUGGCCUUACAUUGGAUGAUGUGAUGUUUCUGUAGUAAAACAGUGGACAAGUUUCAGCUUGAGUGCCAAGAAUAAUGCCUAGCUGGUAAUGAAUCCGAGGAUUGACGAACACCGAUGAAAAUUGAUAUUCUGUUUGAGGAGUAAGUAGACUUGACAGUUGCCUUAUUUUGGAAGGCAUCAGCUUUGGAAGUAGACCCUGUAGCUUGUGUACUGAAACAGAUACCAAACAUGAUAUUUCAGGCGAAUUCUGAAUACAUGUAUCAACUCUUUUUAGUGACUGCACUUCUCUCAUUGUACAGCAGUGAAUGCCAAGAUCACUUCCCAAGUAAGGCAAUUAUUCCAAUUUAAAAUACACCACAAAAACAACAGUUUUGGCCGCCAUUCACUAAAAUGUUAACAUAUGGCAACAGGCAGCCAGGAACUUCUGAAAAAGUCCCCGGUUUUCUAUGUGUGAAUGACCCUUGAAGCACUUGUACAAGGUGUUGUCAUGGUAACCACUUGCACUAAAAAAAAUAAAAAUAGUACAAAACCUCACUUUUGAUUGAUUUAAAUGCUCCAAGACUGAAAUCACUUAAAGCAAAGGGAAACUGUACAUAAUUUUAAGUCAAAUCACUUUAGUUGCUUUGCCAUUUAGUACUAAAUAUUUGUAUGUAAAAUGUUUUUGUAUUAGUACGCACUUACACAGACUCCAAAAGUAAUUUCGUCUUGUGCCUUUUUAUAAAAGUGGUGCCCAAAAGUUCUAGAAGUGUGUUUUGUUAUAGUGUGUGUGUGUUGUGGUCAUGUGUACCGUCCGAAAUAAUUCAUGUACUUUUACAACUAAAGUAUGUAAAUAUUGCACAUUUGUAAUUAAUAUGUUGAUCAUAAUUUAUUCUUGAAAUUAAACAUUUGAAAUUUUAUAAAGACAAUGUUACAUGUACAAACCAAAAUUUGUUUUUUUUUCUAUGAAUAAAGAGCUGUGUCUACUUGUGUGUUGCAAAAA